CUCUGCUGCAGUUUAAAGUGGACUUAUUCGCGAUGCCAUUGAACCACGACUGCACCUGUCAUGGCAACCUUAGGUAUUACACAGGCGUCGAGAUGAUCGACUCAAGGGUCCAGGUUGUUGGGAGACUUGAGGACCCAAAUGUCCCUUAUCCAACAACAGCGGGUUGGCGUGGAUCACUACUACAAUUCCUCGCACAGGAUUCAAAUGAUGGGAGAUACUUCAAGGCGAUUAUCGAACAAUCACCCGAAAAUUCAACCCAAAAAUCUCUUUCUACAGGCCCCGAGGGGCAGAGAUCAAACCCGAUGGGGAUAUCGUACGGAAGGCGGUACAAAGAGAUGGUUCGAUGAUAAGUAUACCUGUCCUUUCAAAGGCGAAAGAAGCGCCACCCGCGAAGGAGUCUUCGUCGAUCGGAUAGCUGCCUUUGAAGCCAGCCGGAAAAGAGGGACAUCUUCCAAGCAUCAUCGAAACAUCAUCGAAUUGAGACUCAGAGCUCGGAAGACGAGGAUGGGGAUUGAUUGUGAUACAUGGGACAAACUUUUAAGUCCAGGGACUGGUCCGGCGAUGGAUGGCAACACAGCGAGUGAGGACGGUGGUAGUAAUCUUCUUCGAAGACCCUCCUGAAGAAUGACUCGUUAUAAUUACUCAUCUACUCUUUCCCUAAGUGUUGAUUAAUAUGCAUAGACGCACU